GAUCCUAUUUUUCCCACAAACUUAAAAAAGCUGCAGUUGGGAGGGAUCUUCAGUGCUGGUGGCCCCUCUGUUCCUUUUGGAGUUGAUGUAUGCAUUCGAAGGGAAAAGAAAUCAUUAUAUAUUCUCCUUUCAUGCUCUUUUAAGUCACACGAAGAAGCUGCUUUAAGAAAAAGCUCAAACCAAAAUGACAACUGCUCAAUUUGAUUGUCAAUACUGCACAGCAUCACUUCUUGGGAAGAAGUACGUAAUAAAGGAUGAUAAUCCAUACUGUAUUUCAUGUUAUGAUCGCAUCUUUUCUAACUAUUGUGAGGAAUGCAAAGAACCAAUUGAAUCAGAUUCUAAGGAUCUUUGUUACAAACACCGGCACUGGCAUGAAGGAUGCUUCAAGUGCACCAAAUGCAAUCACUCUCUGGUGGAAAAGCCUUUUGCUGCCAAGGAUGAGCGCCUGCUGUGCACGGAGUGCUAUUCUAAUGAAUGCUCCUCUAAGUGCUUCAAAUGCAAAAGGACCAUCAUGCCUGGUUCUCGCAAAAUGGAGUUUAAGGGAAACUAUUGGCAUGAAACCUGUUUUGUGUGUGAGCAUUGCCUACAGCCAAUAGGCACAAAGCCCUUGAUCUCCAAAGAGAGUGGAAAUUACUGCCUGCCAUGUUUUGAGAAGAAGUUUGCUCAUUACUGCAACUUUUGCAAGAAGGUGAUAUCUUCAGGUGGGAUAAUGUUUCAUGACCAGCAAUGGCAUAAAGAGUGUUUUCUAUGUAGUGGCUGUAGGAAAGAGCUUUGUGAAGAAGAAUUUAUGUCCAAAGAUGAUUAUCCAUUCUGCAUGGACUGUUACAACCAUCUUUAUGCCAAAAAGUGUGCAGCAUGUACCAAACCCAUUACUGGUCUCAGAGGGGCCAAGUUUAUCUGCUUUCAAGACCGCCAGUGGCACAGCGAGUGCUUUAAUUGUGGGAAGUGCUCCAUCUCCUUGGUGGGUGAGGGCUUCCUGACCCAGAGCAUGGAAAUCUUCUGCCGAAAAUGUGGCUCUGGGAUGGACACUGACAUUUAGGAGGAGACGGUCUUUCCCCACCUGAAACCCAUUUUGUCUUUGUUCUCACUAAAUCCAGAACUCAGUUGCAGUAGUGUUUUUUUUUGUUUUUUUUUAACUUAGAUUUUAGAAAAUUGUUAAUGUGGAAUUUAUAGCAAAAAAGUUUUCACACACAUUGGGAUCAAACUAUUUUAAGGGCACAAAAAUGCAGUCUCACAAAUGAAUAUUUGUUAAAUCACCAAAUCACGUCUCCUUGCAAAAUACUGCUCUCUACUGUUAGAAACAUGGGAAAAUAUCUCCUCAUAAUGGAGUAUAUGACCUGCACCUAGAAGUUGUGAAUAUUAUUACAGAGGAACAGUGGUUUUCAAAACUACAUAGUAAAACAUCAAAGAGAUCAAAUUGAGAGGUAUACAUUAGGCUAAUGUUUGCAUUUCUAGCUAGUGAGUUAUAUAUAAUAUGACAGAUUAACUGGUAGUACAAGGUUUAUAAGCAAAAAUUGAUUAGUGAUCAUUUUACUUAAAAAUUAUGUCAUUUUUAUUUUUUCUUUCUCUUUUAUUGAAAGCUUUUUUUAUCAGUGCAUAUUUAUUAUGCAAGGGAGUAGUUUUUAAAUCAUUCUUUUAUUGCUCAUGUGUACUGACUUUGUAGUUGAGAAACACAGCUGCAGUCUGCCAUCAUACACACACGUCUUCUACAACUUCCUCAAUCUGUUGUUACCCAGGUUUAAGUAAUGGAAUUUGAGAACUGUGUAUGUUAGGGCUCUCAUAUUUUGCAUUGGUAUCAAGAGGAUCACUUCUACUUAGGACUAGCCAAAGCAUGAAUUUCAACACACUCUGCAUUAAUUGUAUUUUCAAAGCCCACGAUGAUUUUCCUAAAUGCUUACGGAUUCCAUGAAGUACAAGUUUAUUCUUUCAAGUGAAACUAACCAGGAUCAUCAUUGCCCCAAGGCAAAUCUCUAAAGUAAAUAUAUCAUUAAGUCAUCAAUAGUGGAAAUGAAUUUUAGGGAAGUGAUUUCAGUGUUACAGCAUGACUUUUAUCCAGAUAUCUGAAGGCAUAAUAGAACGCAUAAUUAGCUCUGAGCCUGGUGCAUUUUACUUUCUAAAAUUGCAUAGAUGAUAAUGGACACACAUAAAAGUGGGCAUUAAAGAAAGCUAGUUAAAAUAAGGACUGGAAAAGAAUAAUUCACUGAUGAUUCAAGACCUGCAAAGAACCAUAGUAGAGUCACAUUGGCUAUUGAUUAUCCCUUCCUACCCCUCCUCCCUACCUGUACCUCCCACCUUGCCCUCAGAGCGUAAAUCUGCUACAUGACCAGGAGCUGCACACCUAACUCUAAGCAACCACUCUACAAACAAGUCAGUAUUUAUUAGACCACAAAGGAAGUAAUUCUUUGUGAAAAGGAAGCUUUAGUGAAAAGUCUCUCACCAUAUGUUUGUCUUUGUAUCAGAUGUUAACUGAUAGUGACACUGCCUAAGUGUCUCCAGGUGAUAUUUUUAUCACAUUAUUUGGGACAAAUGGAAAACAGCCUCUACACUCCACUGUCAGUUACUAGUUAUAGCAACUCCUGGGUAGGGUGGAGGGAGGUCAGGUAAAGAGACCCACCUAGAUAUAUUUAUAUGUCUACUUUCAGGUUACUGCACAGCAUGAAAUGUUUUGAGUGAAAUAUAAUUAUAGGUUGUGACUGAUUACAAUGAUUACAAUAGCAUCACAGAAAAUUUGAUUAAAAUUGUUAUUAAAACAAUUUUUAAAAUAGUUUCUAAUGCAGGGAUAUUUAAAGAUGCUAACAAUUUAGAGAUACUAACAAGAGAUCAGGCUCUAUAGAGUAUUUGAAACUACAAUUGAGGUAAAAUAUGAGGUAUUUUCUCAUACUCACAUUGUAAAAUGGCCAACCAAACUACUCAUAUUUUCCUAUACUAUAUGAAAUUACAGGUAUAGAACUAUAUUUGUCAAUUACUUCAUUAAAAAAUAAUAAUGAAACACAUCUGUAGAAAAGUAAACCAUUCAAAAUAUAGACAUACAACAGAUGUAACUAUUUUUCUGUUAAGCAAUUGUAGACAAACAUACAACAAACACAUAAUGCUUUUUUUGUUAAACAAUUAGUAAUAUUUAGUAAUUUUUCUGUGUGUGGGGUUGAGUAUACAUAUGAUCAGGCUUGCAUUUAAUCUCCACAAUUAAAAUUUACAGAAUCACUUCCUAUAUAGAGAAUUUUUUAUCAUUCUUGGAUAACUAUAGUUUGUAUGUAUAUUUUCACAUAUAAAUAGUUCAUAUUUAGAAGGUGGCUUAGUCAUUGAACAUGUGUUUAUACAUAUGCUCUGCCCCAAAGUAGACCUCAUGCUAUUGUGGAUCCAGGCAUGGAAAUGUGGACGUAUCAGAUGCAGAGUUCCUUCCUUACAGCUUAGACAAAACACCACUAUAGACAGUAAUACACAUCUGCAACACAACUAGGAAAGAAGACCUCAUUAGACUGAUAUCCUCACAAAAAUAACUGUGAAAUCAUAUACCUAACUUAUUUGAUUUAUACAAUAAAGAGAAAAACUAUUUUAAUUGACUGAUCCAAAAAUGGAAAAAGCUGCCUCUGAAAUCAGUGGACCUUCCCAUGACUCAGGGUGAUAUCUGCACAGGCAGGGAAGUAGUUAGCAAGUGGCAUGUGCUAAUAAGAAUUGAAUGGCUUGGAAGUAGCAGAGCAGGGAGUGCCAGAGCAGGGAGAAAUGAGAUUGCUAAAGAAGAAAGGGUCAGAGGAAGGAAGAAUAUUAAUUCUUAGGAUAAAAAUUGUAUAUGUAACAGGGCAUAGAAAGUUGCCAACUGUUCUCACAUAGGGAUAAAAAAGGAUCAUGACAGUUUUUAUGGGAACCAAAGGGAGCAGGGUUCCAAGGCUUAGGCUUCUUGCUGCAGAAGUACAUUUAUUUAUAUGGUUAGUGACAACAAAAAUGAAAAGAGAAAAGAUGCACAAGGUAAUGCAGGCUUCGAGCUGCAUUUGUUGAUUUGUUGGUAUACAAGUUAACAAAUCAAAAUAUUGUAUGUCGGGUUGGGGACUAAAGAUGACAAAGAGAAAAGCAAAAGAGGACUGUGGUUUCAAUGAUUAUAGGCAGGAUUCCCGGAGGUUCAAUUUUUAAUUGACAAAAUCAUAAAAAAUGUUAUACUAGGACCGAUUAGCACCAUUCAUUAAGUGAAAUGCAUAGGUUAAAAACUUAGUCUUUAUAAUUAAAAAAAGAAGUCAUUGUACAUUGCAGUGAAAGAGCAACCAAUCAUUGUAAAAAAUGCAUAACACUGAUCACAACUGACCUUAAUUAAAAUCACUGUAAAAUUUAAUGCCACAAAUGAAAAACAACCCCAAAACAUGUUUGAUAUUAGUAAUACUAUUUUUUUUUAUUUAGGAGGAAGAAGUACUUUUUAAUCUAUUAUGUUAAUAGUAGUUUAAAUUUUAAAUAUGAAAAUUAUUUUUGCAGUAUGACUUGGAUACAUUUGACUGGGCACAUCAAUUAUUUUCUAAUGAAAAAUUUAAAAAUAAUUACUAUUGUUAUUAUAAAUAAUAAUGCAAAUAUAUGUCUAUUACUCUAAUACAGCUUUUUGCUUGUUUUACAAAUUGUUUCUCAGAAGUUUCAUAUGCUAAAUAAGUUUUCCUUUCACAUGUAUAUAUUCAAUUGCUUUAGAGAUUCACUUUUUACAUUUAACUGUGCAAUAAAUAGAAUAGAUCUGGAACAACAUUUGAUUUUUUUUUUUUACUUUUAUCACAUAGGGAACAUUAUCUUCUUGUCCCAUCUACUUUUACCACAUCUAAAUUAAUCACAUCAAGAUAUCAUCUCAGGGGAUUGCUAGAAAAAUAUAAUUUAAAUCUGAUUCAAACAGAAUACCUCCCAAUUAAACUAGGAGAACCAUAUCUGUGCUCUUUCUUACAAUGAUCAAGCUACAAAUACUGUAAGCAAAAAAUAUUUUGUUCAUAAUCAUUAUAUCUGUGACUCUGACAAUAUGCUAUAGGAAAUACUUCACUUUGGUUGAAUUUUCCCACUUUGACUCAGAUAAUCUUUUACUAAUUUCUUCUGUUAGAGGAAUUGUUAAAAUUCUUGGCCCUUUUUUAAGCCCUUAUCUUUUCCAUGUAAAGUAAAAUUUUUGUCUGCAACAUAAGCCUUUACGAACCUUCAUCUAAUCUACACUAUAAGCAUCAUCUUUUCUUUCUCCGAAAGAAAACCAAGAGAAAAGGUAUUAAGAGACUUCAUUUGAGCCAUUCAACUCAAGAGAAUGUAGAAGUGAGUUCCUCCACUUGGUCAUCAUGUGACUUCUUAGAUCCCAAGAACAUAUCAUGGAGAAGGAAUUAAAGAAACUAUCAGAAUUGUAAACUAUUCUGAAUUUUCCCGACUGAAUAGCUUUAGGACUAUCCUGUUGAAAAUGGUGUGGGAGGGGUUAUUUCUAAUAUUGGAAAUCAAAAAGGAGGGAAAAUCAACAACACAUUCAUACUCAUAGUUUGAGUCCAUAAAAGAAAUAACAGGGUCUGCACAUAUUUGUAAAGACAGGAAGGAGAUAUUUGUGGUUGAGAAAGGGAACAGCUCACUUUGAUAGAAUUAUGUUCUGUGUCACAGAGGAGCAAAGAGUAUUUCAGUCAAAUAUUUUCCCAUGAAGGGUAAUAAACUAAUGGAGUGGAUGUCCAUAAAGGGUUUUCUGAGUAAGGAACAUUAAUGAGCUCAACAGACAUUCAUUCAAUGACUCAGUGACACAAGUAAUAUUCCCACCACACACAAGAAUAAACUCAAGUUUGGUAUUUAUGGAAGUGCACACACUGAAUCCUCCAGUUUUACUCUAUUUGAAUGACAGCCUAUCUCUAAGUUAACUCUGUAGCAUCACUGAUGGUUUGUUCACCUGAUUGCUCUAACUCAUGUUCUCAAAUAGAAUAAGUGAAGGAGUAGGGAUAGAGGAGAAAUUGAGGGGAAAAAAAAGUAAUGAUAAAAAAUUAGCAUUCCUGAAAAAAAAAAAAACAGAAAAAUUAAAUUGAAAUUUAAAACUUUUUUACUUAUUCAGUAAAAAUUUUUCCAAAAGUACAUGACAUUCACAGGAAGCAAAAGCUAUUGACAAGAAUUUUUUAAUGAAAAUCUGAACUUGAUAGCUAUAAUUUAGCAUCUGUCUCCUUGCCUAAAUAGAAAUUACUCCGUCAGGUAACCCCAAUGGAUAUGUAGUCACCAAAUUAAGUGACCUUCCUAUUUAACUUUCUAACUACGGCAAAAUAUUGCUCUUAUUGGCCUCCCCUUAUUUCUUCAAAACCUUUCAUCCUAUGACACCCACAAUACCGGAUUCUCUUCCAUCUCCUAAAUCUCUGCCUCCCUCUCUGAUACAUCCUCCACCAGUUUGUUAAAAACAGCUAUCUUUCAAUGUUCUCAAGUUUCUUGCUCUAUUUCCUGUUUUAGUAAACAUCUAGUUUCAUGAUUUUGAUGCCUCUUCUUUAAAAUUGAGUCCCAAAUAUGUAUUCUGAGUUCUGACCCAAAAUUUCUUGCUGCAUUUUGGACAUCUGCAACUCCAUGUCAGGUAGAUAGCUAACAACUUUGUUAUCCUUUCAAUAAAUUCCACUACCUUUCUAUAUUUUUCAUCUUAAUUAUCCAAAUAGAGCUUUUAGAAUUCAAGUCCCAAGCACACGAAAAUUAGUCAUUAGAGAAACACAAAUUAAAACCACAAUGAGAUAGCAUUUCACACAGACAGGAAUGUAAGUAUACAAUAGUAAGACACUAACUAGUACUGUUGAGAAUAUAGAGAAAAACCAGAAUCCUCAUAUUUCGCAGGCAGGAAUAUAAAAUUGUAUAGCCACUGUAGAAACCGUUUAGCAGUUUCUCAAAAGCUAAAUACAAAACUACCAUAAAACUCAGCAAUUCUACUAGGUAUCUACCCUAAAGAAAUGAAAAUGUGUGCUUACACAAAUGUUCAUGGCAGCAUUAUAAUAAUCAAACACUGGAAGAACUCAAGUGUUGAACUGAUUAAUGGAUAAACUUUGGUAUAUCCAUGCAAUGCAAUAUUAUUCACACAUGGAAAGGAAUCAAGUGUCACUAUGUGCAAUGAUGUGAAUGAACUUUGAAAAUACUAUGCUAAGUGAAAUUAAGCCAGAUAAAAGGUCAAAUAUUGUAUUAUUCUAUGUAUAGCCAGAAAGGAAAAACUGAUAGAAAUAGAAUGUAGUUUCCUAGGUUUGGGGGUGGAAAUGCCAAUUAACUAAAUGAACAUGGAGUAUCUUUACUGGAGGAGAUAAAAAUAUUCUAAAACUGAUUUGCAGCGAUGGUUACACCACUUGGUAAAAUUAACUGAAAAUCAUCGAAUUGUAUACUUAAAAUAAGUAAAUUGUAUAAUGUAUAACCUAUAUCUUAA